CGGACAUCGGUAUGAGUUUAUAGUUUUUCCGUUGCGAAGAACUUCACCGAAGCGGUUCUGUGGCUCCCAAUCGACAUGAGGGUCCACCGGAGCCUAGUGAUUACCCUUUGGGUAAUACUACAAGUUACGUGGGCGCAAGGGAAAGCAAUUGAGACUGCGAAACCGAAAACUGCAGAGCAACAGAACAUAAAUAAACGAGUGGGAUACGACUACCCGGUUCCAGCGAGCGGAGGCGGCGACUUAGGUCACAGCGGCUCCGGUUUAGACCAAUCUGGAGGUUUUGGAGGUGGUAGUGCCGCCGGUCACGAUUACGCCGCAAGCGGAGGCGGUGGCGGCGGCAGCGGUGGCGGCCACGAUUUCGGCGCCAGUGCCGGAGGUCACGCUUUCGGUGGUAGUGCCGGAGGAGGAGGCCAUGGUUUUGGAGCUAGUGGAGGAGGAGGCGGAGGCGCCCUCGGAUUGACCGGAGGUCACGAUUUAGGGGCUUUAGCAGGCGGUCACGAUCUGGGAGGAGGUCAUGCCUCCGGUGGCGGAUAUGAUGCUGGACAUGCCGCUGGUGCUGCAGGCCCAGCGUUUGGAGGAACUGCUCCCGGAAUCAACGGUGGGGAGGUGCACGUGUAUGAUGAACACCACGACGUGCACCAUACCGAACAUCAUGUAGUACAUCACGAUGAUCAUCAUGAUCAUCACGAUCAUCACGAUCAUCACGAUCCUGGUUACUGGAAGAAAAAGCUAAUUUGGAAGAAGGGUUGGAAAAAGAUUUGGAAGCCGGCGAAGAAACAAAUUUGGAAACCGGAGUGGAAGAAGUACUGGAAACCAAUUUGGAUACCGACGAAGAAACCGGGAUGGAAAGAAAUUCAAGUGCCGGAUUGGAAAAAGAUUUGGAAGCCAGUAUGGAAACCCAUCCAGGUGCCAGCGUGGAAAGACAUCCAAGUACCAGAUUGGAAGAAGAUCUGGAAACCAGUUUGGAAACAAAUUCAAGUACCAGCAUGGAAGGAAGUGCAAUUACCCGAUUGGAAGCAGAUCUGGAAACCGGUCUGGGUUGAAGUCCAAGUACCCGCAUGGAAAGAAAUCCAAGUGCCGGCUUGGAAGAAACAUUGGAUUCCUGUCUGGGUUAAGGAAGGCAUCCACGGAGAACAUUACUUAGGUAAAGAUCACCACGGAAACGAGUACACAGCCCACGACAUCUGGAAGAAGAAGUUAGUUUGGAAGCCGAUAUGGAAGAAGUACUGGAAACCAGCCAAAAAGCAAGUCUGGAUCCCCGACAAAAAACUGAAAUGGGUGCCAGCCUGGAAACAAAUUUGGAGAACGGAGAAAAAACAAAUCUGGGUCGCCGAUAAGAAGUUGGAGUGGAAAGAGGCGUGGAAACAAGUCUGGAGAACUGAGAAAAAACAAAUCUGGGUUGCCGACAAAAAACUUGAAUGGAAGGAAGCAUGGAAACAGGUCUGGAGGACGGAGAAGAAACAGAUCUGGCUGCCGGAUAAAAAACUCGAAUGGAAAGAGGCGUGGAAGCAGAUCUGGGUGCCGGAUUGGAAACAAAUUUGGGUGCCAGGUUGGAAAAUGAUCUGGAGACCGGUGAUCAUCAACGAAUGGUUCCCGACCCCAGACCACCACGACCACCACCAUCACGGCUGGGAUAGGAAAGAUGACAAGAAAGUUGCGAACGUAGACAGCAACAAAAUUUACAAAAGGAACGCCAACGAAAGUACACUAGCACAAAACACUCAAACCAAAAUUGAGGGACAAGAGAAGACGGGGAGCCUGUCGUUCCCAACUUCGUAGUUCGUUGUGGUUGCGAGAUUAUCAUCCCUGUACCUUUGUAAAUAUUAGGUUUAGUUCAGAUGUAGCUUUAAUGCAUGAUGCGACGACUGAUUUAAGUUUACAUUAACUGUGCGUAUGCAUUUUUUGUUUGCGAUUUGUUGAUUUUUUGUUAAUAAUUUUAUUAAUCUUGUAAAUAUAUUUUAACAAAUA